UUCCGGGGUCCGGAAGGUAGUGACGUCGUGGGUAAACGGUUCUGUAGCCGUGGCAGCGGCCCUAACAGGCUGACUGGGUACCGGCUACUGCCGACCCGGGAGAAGUUGCCGUCUACAUCAGCCUGGGCUGCAGUGCGCUGCCGCUGCGGGGCCAGCAGCUAUGGCCAAGGACAUCCUGGGUGAAGCAGGGCUGCACUUCGAUGAACUGAACAAGCUGCGGGUGUUGGACCCAGAGGUUACCCAGCAGACCAUAGAGCUGAAGGAAGAGUGCAAAGACUUUGUGGACAAAAUUGGCCAGUUUCAGAAAAUAGUUGGUGGUUUAAUUGAGCUUAUUGAUCAACUUGCAAAAGAAGCAGAAAAUGAAAAGAUGAAGGCCAUCGGUGCUCGGAACUUGCUCAAAUCUAUAGCAAAGCAGAGAGAAGCUCAGCAGCAGCAACUUCAAGCACUAAUAGCAGAAAAGAAAAUGCAGCUAGAAAGGGUAAUCACUUUGAUCAAUAUGAAGAAGGACAUUUGGAAAUUGAACAAGCAUCACUUGACAAGCCUACAGAAUCGAUAAGAUGAUCAGGGCUUAAUUUCGGGUCUUAGCCACAUAGUCCCUCAAGUCUUGCUUUUUUGAACUGCUGUAGACCUUUGAAGUUUUCUUGAAGCCAAGGAUGAUGUUUUCUACUUCUAUGUUCUCCUUUCAUGCUUAGAAUUAAGUAUGUGAUCGGUCUGAAUAUUUAAUUGAAAAAUCGUUUCAACCUCCUUGUGAGCAGGGAGUCUUAUUAAUUUUUUCAUGAAAGUACUUGGUGUGGGGCAUAAAAGCAGUGGUAAAUAUUUGAAAAUAUAAGGUCUGGGUUUGAGUUUGGCACUACCAUUUCCUAUAAGUAAAGGGACAAGGUACCAUCACCGAAUUACUUUCCUCAGCAAUAAAUGGAAAUUCAAAUCUCUGCCCAUCUUCUUAAAGAGUAGAUAUGAAGAGAAAGUAAGUGAAUUCACAUUAUACAAAGUAAAAGUGCCAUAUAAAUGCUUUUUAUAAACACCUAUUGUAUAGUACAUAGUUAUUUUAAUUGAAUUGGAGAUAAUCCAUCCUUAGGUCUUCCAAGACUAACAACAGUAGCAGUUAAUAUGCUUUCUAUGUGAUAGAUGUUGGACUUCAGGAUCUGUGCUUUUUUAAUGUUAUAUGUGUUUUAGGGUCCCCCAAGUUCCAAAUUUUUGGUAUUGGUUUCACUAAUUCUGAGCUCAUUAGUCAUCUCUACUUCUGAGUCUAACUUCUAAAAAGUCAAACAUCCAAAAAGAGCCUCAGUCACUCAGUAGUGGUGUUGGGACAACGGAAUAACAACACAGAAUUUAAACAGUCAGAUCCCCAUUGUCAUUCCUUACCCCAGAAAGAUUCCAGAUGAAUGAGAGGUUUAAAUGAGAGAUCAUAAAAUUAUUAAAACGAACAAUGGUUGGAUUAGUAUCUUUAAAAUAGUAUUUGAAUAAGAAAAACUUUUCUAAGCUUAACCCAAAGCUUAGAAGCCGUAAGACAUGGAUAAAUAUGCCUAGCAUCCAGUAUUGGAAAGCUAAGCAUCUUGGAGUUAUUCAUGUCCUGCUCAAGUUCAUCGCCAAGGUCUGAUUACAAAAAUUCAAAAAAUUGCAACCUCAGGCAUAAAUGAGUUAAGAAAAUGAUAAGGCCAAGCACAGUGGCUCACAUCUGUAAUCCCAGGACUUUGGGAAGCCAAGGUGGGAGGAUCACUUGAGGCCAGGAGUUCAAGACCAGCUUGGACAACAAGACAACCCUGUCUCUAAAGAAACUUUAAAAAACAGAUUAGCCAGCCAUGGAGCUGUUUGGAAGGCUGAGGUGGAGGAUCGCUUGACUCCAGGGGUUUGAAGCUGCACUGAGCUGUGAUCCUGCCACUGUACUCCAGCCUGGGCAACAGAGCAAGCCCAUUUCAAAUAAAAAAAGGAUAAAUUUGGCUAUAUUUCAUCAUAACAAAGUCAACAAACAAAUAGACUGGGGAAAAUAUCUGUAAUAUCUCAUUAUAGGCAAAGAAUGACUUUCCUUCAGGUAUUUAUCAGUUCGAGGAAGACCUAAAUACAAUAGAAAAUGGGAACUUAUAUAAACACUGUGUACAGAAAGGUAAUGCAGAUGGCAUUUACUUUUUAUUUUUUUGAGACAGAGUAUUUUUAUUUUUUGAGAUGGAGUCUCACUCUUUCACAAGGCUGGAGUGCAGUGGUGCGAUAUUGGCUCACUACAACCUCUGCCUCCUGGGCUCAAGUGAUUCUUCUGUCUCAGCCUCCCGAGUAGCUUGGGGCUACAGGCAUACACCACCAUGCCUAGCUAAUUUUUGUAUUUUUAGUAGAGAUUGGGUUUCACCAUGUUGGCCAGGAUGAUCUUGAUCUCUUGACCUUGUGAUCUUCCUGCCUCGGCCUCCCAAAGUGCUGGCUUACAGGUGUGAGCCACCAUGCCUGGCCAAGACAGAGUCUUGCUCUGCCACCCAGGCUGGAGUGCAGUGGUGCAAUCUUGGCUUACUGCAACCUCCAUGUCUCAGGUUCAAGUGAUUCUCCUGCCUCAACCUCGCAAGUAGCUGGGAUUACAGGCAUGAGCUACCACACCCAGCUAUUUUUUUUGUAUUUUUAGUAGAGACAGAGUUUCACCGUGUUGGCCAAGCUGGUCUUGAACUGUUGACCUCAGGUGAUCCACCCACCUCAGCCUCCCAAAGUGCUGGGAUUACAAGCAUUAGCCACCACACCCAGCCGCAGAUGGCCUUCAAAUAUGAAAAUAUUCUCAACCAUUAUCAUAGUAAGAGAUGUGCAUGUUAAACUGUAAAAAGUUAGCUUGGUAAGAUUACAGGAAAACAGGUACAUCAUAGUCAUGAGACUGUACAUUGGUGAAAGCCACUACAGAGAACAAUUUAGAUUACUUAAAAAUUAAAAUGGAUGUAUUCUUGAAUCCAGUAUUUUUUUUUUUUUGAAACAGUCUCGUUUUGUUGCCCAGGCUGGAGUGCGUAAUGAUAGCCACUGCAGCCUUGAUCUCCCCAGCUCUAGUGAUCCUCCUGCUUUAGACUCCUGAGUAGUGGGGACUACAGGUGCACACCACCAUGCCUGGCUAAUUUUUAAGAAAUUUUUUAUAGAGACAGGAUCUCACUAUGUUGCCCAGGCUGGUCUCAAACUCCUGAGCUCACGUGAUCCUUCCACUUUGGACUCACACAGUGCUGGGAUUAUAGGUGUGAUCUACUAUGCCUGGGCUAUUCAUGCAAUUAACAAACUUCUUAGGGUAUAAAAUUCUUAAGCAUUCUUCCUGGUCACGAAAUAAUUAAUAUGAUAACACACAGUUGCUUCCUGUGUAAUAACAGGUACAUUCCUUCUGUUGAUACUGAAGCAGAUUUUCAGUUUUGUGUUGUGUUAGUUUUACUUGGAAUGUGUCUCCAGACAUCUCACACAUCUUUUUAAGAACAUUGUAUUAUAUUUUGGGAUUGAAAUAAAUACACGUAAAAAUUUUACUUUAUAAAAUCAGCUGAAAAAAUGUGUUAAGAGAGAUGGACAUCCUCUAUAGCCUGGGUAGUAAAACAGAGGCAUUUUAUUGUGAAAUAUUAAAAUGGUGCAUUCUGUGGGUAUACAGGAGUGUGCCUGUAUAUUUAUGUUUGUAUUUGCUUGACCAUGAAGAUAAAAAUUUUUGUAAAGAUAGACUCUCUGAAGGGAAACUGAGUUGCAUUUUACUAUAUUUAAAAAAUUUGAUAUUAUGUACUUGUAUUACUAUUCAAAAAAUAUAAUUGUUUUAGAAAAGACCCAGAGUAGGCAGAAUGAAAGCAGAGUACGGUCGGGGGCAUUUCUUUGGUUUUAUUUAUGUAUACCUCCUUCCCAGUCUUGUUUCAGUUAGGAAAUAAAUGAAUACAGUAGGGUAAGGCCUGCAUUAGGUAAGUCGCAACAAUAUUUAGACUACAUUUUACGACUAAAUGAAAAUUAGUCUUCUUUUUCCCCCAUUAGAGAUGAGGUCUUGCUGUGUUACCCAGGCUGGUCUCAAAUUCCUGGCCUCACGCAAUCUUCCCACUUCAGCCUUGCAAAGUGCUAGGAUUACAGGGAGAAAACAAGAUUUGAAUUCAAUACAAUAGGAUAGAAACAUGUAAUGUUACAAUUUAAGCCUUAUGGUUAAAUUAUAUUAAUUAAUAUUGCACUAACUUCUGGCCUGGUGUGGUGGCUCACACUUGCAAUCCCAGCACAUUUGGAGUCUGAGGCAGGAGGGUAGCUUGAGGCCAGGAAUUCGAAACCAGCCAGGACUGUUUCUGAUUGACUUCCAGCAUGCUGUGUUCUUGGAAUUCCCAGUUCAGUUUGAAACCGAUUUUCUACUUGGCAUAUUAGUUCCCAGCAUGCCAUUCAUACUUUCUUUGUUGUUUCACAUUUAUUUUUUUCAUAGCAUGAAAUGUAGUGAUUGAAUUGCAUUAUUGGCUACAUCUUCUUUAAUUGGUUCAAAGCAAAUAGAGAUUGGAUGGGAAAAGUCAGUGGAUUAUGGGCCUGUAUAAAAGUGCUUUGAUGAACAUCUGUGCCAUGUAUAUCUCCUCAAUGUAUGCUGGAACCUCUCUGGACAUAUUCCUCUAAAUGCUGGGUCACAGGAUGGAUGCAUACCUUAUUCUAUCAGUUAUUGUCAGAAAGCAUUUAAAAUAUUUUAACUGCCGGGCGCAGUGGCUCAAGCCUGUAAUCCCAGCACUUUGGGAGGCCGAGGCGGGUGGAUCACGAGGUCAAGAGAUCGAGACCAUCCUGGUCAACAUGGUGAAACCCCGUCUCUACUAAAUAUACAAAAAAUUAGCUGGGCAUGGUGGCACGUGCCUGUAAUCCCAGCUACUCAGGAGGCUGAGGCAGGAGAAUUGCCUGAACCCAGGAAGCGGAGGUUGCGGUGAGCCAAGAUCGUGCCAUUGCACUCCAGCCUGGGUAACCAGAGCGAAACUCUGCCUCAAAAAAAAUAAAAUAUUUUAACAAUUUAUAAUCCUACCAGCUGGGAAUGAGAGUUCCAGUUUUCCUAUAUCUUCAAACUUUAAAAUAUAUGUCAGUUUGACAAGAUAAAUGUGAUGUCACUGCUUUCCCUUUGUGUUUGAUGAUUUGGGUUAUCUUUUCUGUCAUCUGCCCUUUCCCUAUUAAAAAAACAUUGCCUUGUU